AUGACUGCACCUCCAGAGCCCUUCUUGGAGGAAGUCUUCACUGAGAUGGCAGAAAAGUACGGACAGGUUGAAGGGAUGAACGUCUGUGACAACCUAGGAGACCCCCUGGUGGGGAACAUGUAUGUCAGGUUUCGUCAUGAGGAGGAUGCAGAGAAAGCUGUGAUGGGCUUGAAUAACCGCUGGCUUAACGGGCAGCCAAUCCGUUCAGAGCCGUCCACCGCGCCUGACUUCAGGGGGGCCUGCCAGUAUGAGAUGGGCGAGUGCGCGAAGAUGGGCUUCUGCAACUUCAUGCAUCUGAGGCCAAUCUCAAGAGCGCUCCACAGGAAGCUGUCCGGGCGCCAGUGCAAGAAACAGAGUUCCAGGUCCCGAUCCCGGGAAAGGCAUUCUCCAUCCAGAGACCGUGGUGGUGGUGGCGGCGGCGGCGGCGGCGGCGGCGGCGGCGGUGGC